AUGUUUGCCAAGAAAACAAACCGUCGCAAAGGUGUGGUGACCACUGGGAAAUCUUCCGCGAGCAAUUCUCUGGAUUGGGACUCGCCGUCGAAUAAAACGGGCACCGUCAAGAGGAGACCCAUCUCUACAGAGGUGGAGGACGUCGAUGCCGUCAUAAGAGAUGCCGGAGGAAAGUACAAGGACAGAAGCAUCUACGAGCCAAUGUCACCGCUCGAGAAAAAUGGAGACAAAACUUUAUGGCAACGGCCUUCAAAAAUACCUGGAUACGUGCCGUAUCCAGAGCGUCCAAUCUCGUCCAAUCAUUUACCGGACGUACCGAAAAACCCGGACGAUAAUCAAGAAGACAUUGUGCAGUGCGAACGUCCUAGGAACGGCCCGAAAUGGCUGCCGUUAAGUGAACAAAACUCGUAUCGGUCGGGAAAUUCGAAAGUUGCCGGGGAAAGUUUCAAGGAUAAGGACGUGCAGUAUCAUCAGAUAGAGCCUGGCGGAUUAAGGGAAGGACGUCAUUCACGCGAGAGUGGAAGCAAAACGGGAAAGGUGUCAGAUUCGGAUUCUGGAAUCGCCUCCCCUCUUUCACCCGGGUCGGUCUACGGCAUCCUGGGAUAUCUUGACAGAAACAACAUUAGCCCUUUGCCGAGAUGUGACGAAUCUUUGCCAAAAGCCGACAUUCGAAAGGACUCUAAACACGGUCCUGAACAAAUAAAGGUAAGGAAGUGA